CCACCGUUGCCCGUCCGCCGUCGCCGGUUUAAGCGCGGAGGCCCGUGGGUCACGUGCCGGACGGGGUGGGGGCGUGGCACCAGGAAGCAGCCUCCGCGCCCGCUUCGAUCGCGGUCGCCACCGCCCGGCCCGACUCGCCGCGUCCUGGUGCGGGCGCCGCUCGCCUCGCUCCACGCUGGCGGCCGCCCCCGGACUCCCCGCCGCAGCGGCGGCGCCCGCUAUGGGCGAGGAGGACUACUACCUGGAGCUCUGCGACCGGCCGGUGCACUUCGAGAAGGCGAACCCGGUCAACUGCGUCUUUUUCGAUGAGGCCAACAAGCAGGUUUUUGCAGUUCGAUCCGGUGGAGCUACCGGGGUGGUAGUUAAAGGCCCAGAUGACAGGAAUCCCAUCUCAUUUCGAAUGGAAGACAAAGGAGAAGUGAAGUGCAUUAAGUUUUCGUUAGAAAAUAAGAUAUUGGCAGUUCAGAGGACCUCAAAGACCGUGGAUUUUUCUAAUUUUAUCCCGGAUAGUUCUCAGCUGGAGUACACUCAGGAGUGCAAGACCAAGAACGCCAACAUACUAGGAUUCUGUUGGACCAGUUCUACUGAAAUUGUCUUCAUAACGGAUCAAGGAAUUGAAUUUUACCAGGUGUUACCAGAGAAACGAAAUCUGAAACUCCUGAAGAGCCAGAAUAUCAAUGUGAAUUGGUACAUGUACUGCCCCGAGGGGGCUGUGAUCCUUCUGUCUACCACAGUGCUCGGGAAUGUCCUGCAGCCCUUUUAUUUUCGGGCUGGCACGAUGUCAAAGCUGCCCAAGUUUGAGAUUGAAUUACCAGCUGUGCCCAAGUCAACCAAGCUGAACCUUUCUGAGAGAGACAUCGCGAUGGCAACCAUAUAUGGACAGCUUUACGUUCUCUUCUUGAGGCAUCAUUCCCGGACCUCCAAUAGUACAGGAGCGGAGGUAGUCCUCUACCACCUACCACGAGAAGGAGCCUGUAAAAAGAUGCACAUAUUAAAGUUAAAUCGGACGGGGAAGUUUGCCCUCAACGUGGUGGAUAACCUGGUGGUGGUUCAUCAUCAGGACACAGAGACAUCGGUGAUAUUUGACAUCAAGUUAAGGGGCGAGUUUGAUGGCACCGUCACCUUCCAUCACCCGGUUCUCCCAGCACGCUCCAUUCAGCCCUACCAGAUCCCCGUGGCAGGUCCUGCUCCUGUGACCAGCCAGUCUCCUGUCCCGUGCAAACUCUAUUCUUCAUCCUGGAUUGUCUUUCAACCCGACAUCAUCAUCAGUGCAAGCCAAGGCUACCUCUGGAACCUCCAAGUGAAGCUUCAGCCCAUUGUAAACCUCUUACCAGAUAAAGGAAGACUGAUGGACUUUCUUCUCCAGAGAAAGGAGUGCAAGAUGGUGAUCCUGUCUGUCUGUUCGCAGAUGCUGAGUGAGUCCGACAGAGCCACAUUACCUGUGAUUGCCACAGUUUUUGACAAGCUCAAUCACGAGUAUAAGAAGUACCUGGAUGCGGAGCAGAGCUACACAACGGCACUAGAAGCCGGGCAGAGCCGGAGCAGCCCGCUUCUCAGGAGGCCGGUGCGGACGCAGGCGGUGAUCGAUCAGUCCGACAUGUACACCCACGUCCUGUCCGUGUUCACGGAGAAGAAGGACAUGCCUCAUAAGUUCGUGAUCGCCGUCCUGAUGGAGUAUAUUCGCUCGCUCAACCAGUUUCAGAUCACAGUACAGCACUACUUACACGAGCUUGUCAUCAAGACGCUGGUCCAGCACAACCUCUUCUACAUGCUGCAUCAGUUCCUGCAGUACCACGUCCUCAGCGACUCCAAGCCUUUGGCUUGUUUGCUCUUAUCCCUAGAAAGUUUCUACCCUCCUGCCCACCAGCUGUCUCUGGACAUGCUGAAGCGACUGUCCACCGCCAACGACGAAAUCGUGGAGGUGCUUCUUUCCAAACACCAGGUGUUGGCCGCCUUGCGGUUCAUCCGGGGCAUUGGCGGCCAUGACAACAUUUCUGCACGAAAAUUUUUAGAUGCCGCGAAACAGACUGAAGACAACAUGCUUUUCUAUACUAUAUUUCGAUUUUUUGAACAGCGAAACCAGCGUUUGCGAGGGAACCCUAACUUCACACCAGGAGAACACUGUGAAGAACAUGUUGCUUUUUUCAAACAGGUUUUUGGAGACCAAGCUCUAAUGAGGCCUACAACAUUCUGAAAUCACUUGCUAGGUUUUUUUUUUAAUAUAUAUAUAUAAAAAUGUGUACAAAGUUAAUUUAUUGCAUUAAUAAAGCUCUUUAAACUAUAAAAUGUUAUAGUAAAGUGUAUCUACAACAUCCUCAAGUGUUACUAAAAAUAUGGUAUAGAACUUGUGUGAUGGCUUACUCCAAAAACAAAGGAAAAACAUUGCAUUGAUUGGCCUUUAAAAAGUGUCAGAGAGCAGAUCCCACUCAGCCUCACUAGCAUCCCCUCCGUCUGCCGAGAUGAGGGCUCGUUCCCCAAGACCGUGGAGGGCCCUUUGGCGUCUUGGAGCUGCCUUCGAUUAGGUAAUACUGCUUCACACGUCAGCUUGUGGUCCGGAGUUGAAAGCACUAGGGCUGAAGCUGCUGCUGUUCGAGCCUGCUCUCCGCAUCCGCCCUGACGACAUGGUAACUGUCCCACAGUAAGCCCACCGACCCACACAGUUCAAAGUCCCCACACCUCGCAAGAGGCUAGAAAUUUAGGAGCUGUUCUCGCUCUGUACCUUUGUAUCGCUCUUGAGUGGCCAAACUUUUGGCUUUAUUUAUGGAUGGGCCUGUGAGGGAUUUAAAAAAAAACAAACUUCAGAAUCAUUUCUUCAGGAGAAAUGGCAAUCAGGUCGUUGUAUUACAGUACAAACUUCCUAUCCCCCAGAGAUUAAUACCCCCUCCCCGCAAACGCCUCAGCUUCUUACAAAGCUCUGAGACAGCCAGUUGGUCCUGCAUUCUCCUUCCAACCCCACCUCAUUUACGGAAGCUGAAAUGGCCAGAGAAGUAAAAAAAUCUUAAGGGCAGUCUUGAAACAAGUCCUCAGCAAGGCCCGUGAGUCAGGGAAUGAGAGUUGCUCUGUGGCACUGCUGGGACUUGCCCGGCGGCCGAGUCACUCCAGCAGCCACCCCUCUCGGGCAGCGGGGAGCCCCCAGGGACGCGGCCAUGCAAGCGCCUUCCCCAUCUGACUUCGGGGCCUUGUGCAGCAGCCAAGUGGAGCCUCCAGAAAAAGCAUUAGCAGCUUACUAAUGAAGCUGUUUGGACCACCAUGAAAUUCCUAGUCCAGAUUUUUUUCCUUUCACAAUUUUUUUUUAAGUACCAUUUAAGAAUGCUUCUAGAUCUCUUUUCCCUUAGUCACAUGCUUUCUCCAUCCACUUAUCUCAGAACAAGAAUGCUUACCUAUGUAGCUGAGUAAGACAGGGAGGAAUAUCAAGCCAUGGGUGGCUCCCAGUAAGACCAUAGCCAGAUACAUCCUGAAGUAGAAUAUCUGGAAGAUCUGAGACUUGGCAAACGCCAGCACCACAAUCCCUCCAAAUUUUGUUAGUGUGAUUCCACUGAACACCUGAAAGAAGAGACAGCAUUGGAAAGCGCUUACCAACCUGCUCUAAUUCAACACAUCCUCACAGCGAUUUCUUGAUGGGCAAGGCCCAAAGCAAUGGGUUGAACCCCAGCUUUUAGUUACUGACAAGCAGGACUACAUUCUACCUAAAAUUGAUUUGCUGCUUACAGACCUGGGGGAAAAAAAAAAUAGAAGAGUAAAAGCUGUGUAUUCUGCAUGGACAAUGGACUCUGUCUUUAAACAGCUUUCCUUACACUUAGAUGAAAACUAUUAAGGACUUUCUAGAGCAGCAAAAAACUGGCUGAGAGGCAGAAGCAGGCUAUGGAGUUGAACUAAGAAGAUUCUCCUGGCUCUGAGGGCCCCAGCUCCCUGGGUGCCAACACAUGUGCUCAAAUCGAACCUCUCCGUUCUCUUCCUGCUUCACGGUCUGUAAAGGUUUCACUGAAGAGAACGGUUCUAAAGAACUUCAGGAUUUAGCUAUUCAUGAAAUGCCUGAAGACGUGUCACUCUUGCGAGUGGCUAAGUAACUCAAAUUCUCUUUUCCCUAUGGACUUUUUUAGUCUCUGAGAAGUUGACGAGCUGGGCACCCCGUGCAGAAAUCUUUGGCCAGGCUACUUACGGAGCUGCCCAUGUGAGAGAGCGCCUCUUCGGCCCGUUCCACGCGGCUGCCCUUCGUGCUCACUGUGAACGCUCUUGUGAUGUGGCUGCAGAACUCCACGGAAAUGCCACAGCUCUGAAAGAGAGUCUCCCGUUACGACUGCCCUCUUGUGGCUGAAAAUCCUAGCAGCAGGCACUCCUCUCCCAGGAUCUGGUAUGCCGGGCACCACAGGUGGCCCAGGAACCCUAAGCAUCCCUUUUACCUUGUAACACCGAGCACCCUGGCAGUGCAUGCCCACUGAAGGUGCACCGGGCAACUCGUGGGACCCUUGAGCACCCAGACGCCACUUCUCUAAAGCAGAUCUGCUUGUUUUAGGGGGACUUGUGGAACCCUCAUAAGAUUACCCCUACCCCUCAAGAGUCAGCACCCCUCAGAUUUGCUUUAGCUGGGCCUCCCUGCCGCUUUCCCGAAAACAGUGUUCAUACUGUAAGUACAGACACGCUGCUAUUUUAGUAGUUUUUCAAAUGCUCCUAUCUUCAAGACUAUCAAAAAGCACCUGGCAAUUGCAUGAGAAGUGAAAGGUACUGGUAGUGAAUUCCACUGGGAAGGAGCAUUUUUUUCUAAAAAGUGAACAUCUUCUCAUUGGGCUACAUGUUUUUGCAGACCCUUUGGGACAGAAGUUCCAGGCAAAAUACCCCCGUGACACCACGGAGUCACACUUCCAUUGUUCUCUGUACUAUCCAGGUCCCCACUCCAUUAGCACUCAUCCCACCUUUCCAUGAGCAAGAGCUGGCCUUGGUCCUUCACCCCAAGAAACAGUUCACAGAAGUGACACGGGAGGCAGGAGCCAACUGAGCAGGCCAGGACUCACCAUAACCAAAUUGACCAAGGAAACUGCAUUCAGACUGAUGCCCCAGAGCCACAUGACGCCAAACAUGUUGACCAAGAUCAUGGCGAUGGUGACACACAUGAUCACUGCAGACCACAGUUCACAGCCCAGGAGAACCAGGGUCACCAAGAAGAUGGCUCCCAGGGACACACUGAGAUUAAAGAUCGUGUCAUCGAUAAUGGUCAGGUACUGUUCGUAGAAGACAUAGAACACACUGGAGAAAAGAGCAGAAGGUUCUGUUAUAGCUCGUGCUUGCUUCUGGAAGCUUUUUUUCAUCCUGCCACUACUGCAGAACCAACUACUCUGAGUCAUCCCUUGCAUAAAAACUCCCUGUUUUUGUGAGACUCCUCUAUAGUAAUUCAAAUGAACCUCUGACCACUGACACCUACAAAAGGGCCUAAUAGUGAUCCAAAAUGUGUAUUUUAUAUAAAGUUUUUGUUCAUAAGCUCAACCUCUUCACUUCAUAGGCAUUUACAGAGUAUUUCAUGGAAUGUUGAAAACACAAGUCCUGAUCUAUCCUGAGAAUUACCUCAGACCAAAUGAGAUCUGUGUGGGGCCUAAGGAGAAAAAUGCUUUUUUGGCAAAGUUAGUCAGCUCUUCUCAGGAAUUAGGACAUCCAUUCUGAGAACUUCUUUGGCAGAAAAACAGGCUGUCCUACUGUCAAGAAUGGGUCAGAACCCCUCUGAGCAAGAUCACAGGGGUGGGGAAAACCACCUGUUUCUUCUACUUUAUAGGAGAAAAACCCCAACAAACAAAAAUGAAAAACCUCCAUAAAGACCCCAUGUUCCAGGGAACUGGAAGUCAGGGGCGGCGAGCAGCUACCGAUCAGGAACGUCUGCUCCGCCCUCUCAGUGAAGCCUGGUCCCCCGGUACCGCACCCUCCCACCCACGGUGCUGCUUGAAGUGUGUCUUUCUUCGGAUGGUGAGCUCUAGCUCACAGAUCAGAUUUUGUGCGUGCAGCACUCAGACCUUGGGGGGUGCUGCAGACCCUGGCCUUCCUUGCUCCGAUGCUAUUUCCCCUGAUAUUCUUUGCUUCUGCUCACGAUGGAGAAGGUGUCAGAACGAAAGCCAAGGAUCAGCUUCCCAUCAGGAAAGCCCUCAGGCUGUGGGCCCUAACCCAAGACACCUCGUUUAUAAAAUUCAAACUACCUGUACGGGAACACACGGUAACCGCUUCCUUCGAGGCCCAUGGUUUUGGUGAUGUUGCCGGCGAUGAGGAUGGCUUUUCUCAUGGCAUCAGUAAAGUCAGCAGAGGUCUGAAGCACAGUGUGGUAGGUCAUGAAGUAUGUGGCGCCGACAGCCGUGUCAUUGCCGAGGAUGUUAACGGCUGAACUGUAAGCAGCAUGUCCCCUAUGGGAAGACUCAGUGGUGUUAGGGAGGCCACAGAAAGUCCCUGCAGACCGCGAGCAUGCAAGGUGAACUGGAAUCACCUGACCCUGGGCUCAGAGGUCAGACCAGCUCUAGAUUUCAGGGACAGGGGAGGAAGGCCCCGUGCAAGGGACGGUGAAGGUUUUAGCUUAUUCUCUCACUUUUGGUUGUUUUGGUGCAGAGGUGCUCUUGUUUGGGUAUCUGUGUUCUGCUGCGGUGUUUGCUCGGCAGUGCUGUGUAACGGGGCGGGAAAGGACAAGGGCCCCGGAGUCCAUGGCCGUGAGGCGGGUCUCGGCCCCGCCCCGUAUUAGCCAAGGAACCCUGGGCGGUGGGACUGAAUCUGGGCUGCGGUGUCCUCUGGCACCUCCUCACAAGCUGUGUGGUAAGGGCGGCGACGUGGGUGAGGGGCCUGGCGCACGAUGGCACGUAGGAGGCUCCCCGUAAGUGGUGGCUGUUGCUUUCCUACAAGCUGGAUGUACCCGGGUUUGUUUUAUGUAGGCCAAAGCGUUCAGUGGGCAAGCAGACCACGCUGCAAGAUUCGCUUUUAUCUUUAGGCACAGUCUUUCCUCUGUACCAAAUACAGGUCUCCAAGCACAGCCACGAUACACAGGACUGACGGAUAGGAGUUUGGUUGAAUUACGUAUUAGGAAAAACAGGGAAGUCCAGGGUUUGCCUAACAUACAUGAGAACACUCUUCUUGCUCCUACAAAAGGUUCUGAAUCCUCCCACCCCCGACUCCCAGCCUUCUUCCCUAUUUCUGGGCCCAGAUGCCCUGCCUCCACACAGCUAAUCAGCUGCCCGCCUAGAUGGGGGCGUGCGACAGCCCCGAACCUCAGAGCCAGACAGGCUGGCAAGAUUGGCCGGGCUGCAGGAAUCUGAGCCUUGGUCCAGGAUGGCGUGACCGAGCAGAGAAGCUGUCCCUGACCCCAGGACGGAUGUGAACACAUUCUGAAAUGCCACACGUCCCUGCUCCCCUACUGUCCUGCUAGACGCUGGCACAGCCCUCGGCAGCCAUUCACGCAGCCAGGAGAGCCAGGACAAGAGGCCAAGAGGGAGGGAGACACGCUCAAGCCAGGAUGAGAUCAGCUGGAGAGGCUGAGAAGCUCUCCUUAUGGGUGUAUGAGGUUUUUCUGCUCUCACAGAAGACCCGGUGGUGGGGCGCGUGGGGAGGGGAAGAAAGGGACCCUCCCCAUACAGCUGCCCCGACCCCAGCCCUCGGCUAGCUGUCCCGCACAAAAUAACCGGAAGUGGGCACGUCUCUGAGCGGCUCCACAGCACUUACCCUUUGCCGCACUUGGGGUUCGGGUUAUCAGAAAGGAACAUGGGCAGGAAUCUCAUGAAGUCUUCCCCUUGAGGCCUCUGUUUGCCCUCUGGGGUUAGAGGUCUGCAGCGGCCACAGGCAGGGUCAACCACUAGCACAGAUACAGAGGGGCCCAGAUGAGAAGAACGAGGUUCCAGAUGUUAUCUGAAAACACUUAAGGAUCUAAGGGGAAUUUUCCUUGAUCUUUUCCUGACCCCGAAGCUCCAGAGCUUCCAACACACGGGAUUUUCACGGUCUAAUCCGUCUGACAUUCUAUCUUCAUCUGGGGCAGGCUGUAUAAACUUUCUUCCCUGAAAUAGGUGGCCUGUUUGGAGGAUGACUCUGAUUGGUAUUAUCAGAAUCCAAGGCUUCCAUGAUUUUACCAAGAAAACUCGAGGACAACCUCAACACUCCUAACAAAACUGCAGGGCAACGGUGAUAACAAUGGGAAGCACUCCGCGAGACGCAGCCAGAUCCCAACCAAGAGAUGCUAUUAGUGGUGUCGGGAGAAGAGAACCCGGAAGACUCUGAAAACCAGAGUCCCCUGACCGGGGCUCUGUUUGGCCUGCAGCCCUGUGGUGGGGGUCGGAGGGAGGCUGAACAACACGACACCCUUCAGAGAACAUGGCGGAGCAGAGAGAUGGCAACCAAGGAAAAGGGACUGGUGCCAGUAUAAACUGAGGUGAAAUGCAAAGGAGUUAUAAAUUAUAAUGCCACAAGUCUUCAGAGAAAAGAGAAAAAUCUGGAAAAGGAGAUGAAAGUACCUGAGGCAUUGCAGAAGCGAUCCGUGCCGUUGUAGACUCUACAGCAAGAAGACUGAGGCUUGACCCAAUCAAAAUAAUCAUCGAUCCAGGACGAGGGGGCAAAGCCUAUUCGGGUACUGGUGAGAAGGAGGGAGAAGUUACUGACUUGCUCCGCAGGGGGGAGGUCUCAGAUUCAGUCCUUUUUCUCGAAACCUAACUUCGCUUUCUAGAUGUUACACUGCUGCCCAAAGAACAGACUUCAUCACCACUUAACGGAAAACCCUUCCAGAUAGGAGCUGCUCAAUUAGUCCUUCUAAAGCUUUUGCUGAGGUAAAGCUAGAGUUAGCAUGAUUCUGAGCAACACAUUUUCUAAACAAAUCUAUCCUGAGUGAGCCAUGUCAGGCCCAGGCGGCCGGCGGCCGGGGGCCCCUUCCGGCUGCUUCUGCGGCAGGACCAGAACGCCGGGUGGUACUGACUAGUUGUCCAGCUGAGCCGCGGUGAAGAUCUGUUGCACCAGGGAGUCGUUAUUGCAGCCCAUGCCCCCGCACACCAUGUUCUGCCCUUUCAGGGAGCUGUAGUCGUGCCCUUCCUCCAGGACGAAGUACACAGGUGGGCCCGCAUGCAGGUAUCUGAGCGACCUGAAGUAAUCCAGCACGUAGGAGUCCUGCAUGAGCGAUCAGAACGGGACACAGUGGGAAUGUGCUGACGAGCUCAGGUGAGGGGACGGCUAAGGAUGGAGACAGCACUGGGAUGCUGCUGACCGAGACGGCCCCAGCCCGGAUGCAGACCGUCCCCCGCACCCGAGCCAGCUCCCGGCUCCUCACGUCCCCGCACCCAAGGUGCUUCUCUGGCAGGCCCACCGCCAGGAGGGCACCUUACAAGGUGAGAGGCUCGCUGCUCUAUUUCUCUGUACCCUCCUCACCCCGAGAGUUUCAUGUGCUAAGAUGGGCCCCAUGCGGGCUCCACGGCAGUUCUUGUAACCUGGGGAACCAGCCGCCACAUGGCGUUUAGAAGCAGGCAUUCGCCCAGAACAACUGCAUGCAAGUUUUGGAAAAUAUAUUUGUACCUUUGGCUAAACAACUAAAAGAGAAAAGCAGCUUACAUCGGGCAUGGAGAGAGACUGAUCCAAUCCAAUUUCCACUUUGUUCAGCACCGCAAUACUGAAGGACAGGACACCCACAAAUACCGCUAUCUGGAAUAAAAAGUGAGCUGUAAGGCAGGGACUGCUUCGUGCAUGGCAGCUUAAGAACAUAAAUAAGAUCUUCCACACGUGAAACAUGGGACUGUCCCCAACCGAAAAGUUUACAUGCCAUGUUAAGGUAGAGAGCAGGGUUCCUGGCUGAGAGGACAGCAUCUAGUCAAACUCCCUGGGUUUAAAUCCUGGCUCCAGGAUUUGAGUGACCCUGGGGAAGUCACUUAAUUAACCUCUCUCAGCUUCUACUUCCUCAUCAGUAACACACGAAAAAUAAAAGAUGUAUAACAUAAGACGGUUUUGUGGGUUAGAUGAGAAAAUCUGCGGACAAUCCAGAUUCAGCAUUGUACCCAAUAUUCAGUGUUUGUUAAAUGUUAAGUGUUACUAUUAUUGGAGACGAAGUCAUGUUCCUUUAUUAGAGCAGUGAUCGGUCAUCACUGCUGGCUAUCUCCAGUGGAUCACCUCAGAAAGCUCUCACACUCUUGCUGGGGACUCGGGAUGGUGGGUGGUGUGCGGGGGAGGCUUGUGGCACUGUAACGGGGCAGCGUGAGGAGAGAGUUGUGGCAGGACAGUUCCGUGUAUCAACUGCAGUGGUGGUCACUGCCACUCUGCAUGGGAUGAGGGGACUCAGAACUCGACACACACACGUGCCCAUGUCAAAUUCCUGGUUUUGACGCUGAACUAUAUUUGUGUAAGACCACAGGGAGAAGCUGGGUUGAUGGGUACCUGGGUCAUUUCUGUACUAUCUUCUUGACUUUCUAUGAAUCUAUAAUUACUUCAAAAUAAAAACUUGCUUAUACUGACUACUAAAAGCUAGCUAGAAAAAUAUUUUAUGUACUUGUACAUAUUUGCUUUUGCAUUUUGCAUAUAUACUUAACAACUGUCAGAUUUUCCUUCCCACGCUGGUUUCUUUCUUUUUUAAAGAUUUUAUUUAUUUACUUUAGAAAGAAGCAUGUGUGCAAGCAGGGGGGAGGAGCGGGGGAGAAGGACGAGCAGAAUCCGCUCUGAGCACAGAGCCCAACACAGGGCUCGAACCCAUGACCCUGAGAUCAUGACCUGAGCUGAAAUCAAGAGUUGAACGUUUAACCGAAUGAGCCAUGCAGGUGCUUCACCCAAGCUCCUUUCUUAGAAGGCAUGUGAUAAAACUGUUUUUGGAGAAAAAUGAGGAAAACCACAGACAAACUCAUACCACAAUAGGUCGCAUCCAAUCCUUAAGCAGAAGUGGAGAAUAGGAGUUUUUGAAGAACCGAAACAGGCAGCUUUCUGAGGUCUGGACACUAGUUCCAUCUUCAGAGCCUCUGACACAGCAAAGGACAUCCAGACGAUGUUUCUGAGAGGACAAAGAAGGACAAAGGUCACACUCUCCGGCUGCUUCACUUGGAUUCUAGGCUGUAAACAGACUGCCAUCCUGACAACAACUUACCUCUUGACGCUUGAUGUCUAACCCCAAGAGACUCACAAAACAUGUGAUCUGAAGAAGGAAGUCAAUGAGGACGGCCAUCCCGGCGAACAGGGAGAAAGUGUGAACGGCUGGCAUCUUUGACAGCGCCCCU